GAUACUCACAAACCCUGGUGUGAUUGACUGAAAGGCUGGGCUAUAGUACGGUCCAUUGAUCUGCCUAGAAACAGACAUCAUUGAUUAGUUUACAAAUCUAUACAGAGAUCUGUCUGCAUCUUUCUUUCAUUCAUUCGUUUUAAACCACGCAUUCAUGCUAUCGUGUCUCCGCUCUCUCUUACAACAGCUCUCCAACUCUGUUCUGCUACACUCACGAAGAAACGUCCCUCAUCUCCGUCCUCUACUGUCUCAAUCUUCUUUUCUCACCCGGGGAUCUGGAUACACGGCUGCAUUUCUCGAGGAGAAGAAUUCCAGUCAUCAUCGUCGGCGGUGAGGGAGAGUUGAGGGAGAUCAAAACGUGAACCCAGGUGUUGUUAUUGGACAGCCCUUAAAGUUUAGUUUUAUACCAUCCUUGUUGUGUUCAAGCUUUGAAUAUUUUUCACGGGGAGAGCGGUGGAAUGGGUGACAUUAAUCUUCCUGCCAAGGUAAUCAAUGGUUGUGUUGCUGGCGUUGUCGGUGUGACUUGUACCUUCCCGAUUGACUUGGUCAAGACUCGGCUUCAAAACCAACAAGUUAUUGAUGGAAAGCGCAUCUACAACAACCUGUUAGAUUGUUUCAUAAAGACAACCAGAGCUGAAGGCUUAAGGGGUCUAUACCAUGGUUAUGCAGUAAAUGCCACGCUGAUCUCCCCGGAAAAGGCCAUCAAACUUGUCGGCAAUGAUUUCUUCCGCCAUCUCCUCCGCACCCCAAGUGGGCACUUGCCACUCUAUCGAGAGACCAUUGCUGGAGGAGGUGCAGGGUUUUGCCAGGUGAUAAUCACCACCCCUAUGGAAAUGCUCAAAAUACAGCUUCAAGAUGCAGGUCGUAAAAAAGCCCUGCUCCUCAAGCCAAACGGCGUCGGCUCCGUUUCCGUCAACGAUCUCACCACCUCAGGCAAACUCAACCCCGUCCUAGCCCGGUCCUACUCAGCCAACACACGCACCGUCCCAUCAUCCGGUCUAGCCAUCGCCCGGGACCUGAUCCAGACUAAAGGGUUCUUUGGUCUGUAUCAAGGUCUAGGGGCAACACUGAUGAGGGAUAUACCCUUCUCAAUGAUCUACUUUCCAUUCUUUGCACAUCUCAAUGCUUUGGGCUUCCAGUCAGAGGAGACACGGAGAGCUAGUUUCUUACACACAUUCGUAUCGGGCAGUAUAGCUGCCACAACAGCUGCAGUGUCCGUCAACCCUGUAGAUGUAAUAAAGACCAGACUCCAACUCUUAGAGCAUGCAGAGGGAGAGGAAACCUACACCGGAGUCAGGGACUGUUUCACAAAGAUCCUGAAGCACGAGGGACCUCAGGCAUUCUUCAAAGGCGCCACCUGCCGAAUCCUCGUCAUCGCGCCUCUCUUCGGCAUCGCCCAGGCGGUCUAUUACUUCGGUGUUGGCGAGUACAUGAUCGAUCACUUCAAUGCACUGACGUCGUGAGGAAGGUCAAAGGUUGUGUCAAUGUCAUCAUCGCCUCACCUUGCUUCAGUGUCGGCUUCAUGUAUGAUUGUAAUGUUGCUCCAGGGGCCCGUUUCACAAAACUUGUCAUCAGUAACAAAUUACAAUUUUUGUUAUAAGCUACGGAAAUCCUUGCUUCUGAUUGGUUAUCAACAGAUUUUUCACUGAUUUUUGUCAUUUGUCAUUGCAAAAAGGCUUUGUGAAACUGGUCCCUGGACACCUACAUCUCAAUUGAGUUCCUUUGAGUGUGCUAGCUAGCAUUGAUUGUAUCUGCACCUGUCAUGCUGCAGUCAAUCGAGUGUUCAGUCAUAAGAAACAGUUAUUAUUACAGUGAAACCUGUAUAUAAAGGCCGCUCAAGGGAGACAAGAAAAGCAGUCUUUGAUGUCCUUUAUGCAGGUUUUAAUGAGAAACUCUUCUGUGGUCUUUCUGUACAGGUUAUCACUGAAGCAGGUUUGACUAUAAGACAGUAUUACAGUGAAACCUGUACUUAAAGACCGCUGUAGGCAAAGGUCUCUAUGUACCGGUUCAUUUAGUAUAUGUUUCAAUGAGAAACUACUAAAUGGAAUCAAAAUCUGAUUGUGAAGCCAGGUGAAAGGCAAGUUGUUCGGUGCAAUUAUACUUUAUUGUCUGUGAUGUGUGGCGAGACCCUGGGUCCUGUUUCAUAAAACUUUUGUUAUAAGCUCCUGAAAUCAUUGCAUUUGAUUGGCUGAGAGCAAAUUUGUUAUAGAAAUGAGUCACUUGUUAUUGAUAAGAAGUUGGACGAAACGGGGCCCAGAGCCAUGAUUUUAAACGUGUGUGAUUUCAUUAUACCAUAAUCAUCUACCAAUUAAUCUGCUUAGAGCGAGCGGGGCAUUGAUCCAUAUUAAACACAGUCUAUCAAUGCCUUACUGGCUCUCAACAGGUCGUAAUACAGUGAAACCUGUCUAUAAAGACCGCUCAAGGGAGACAAGAAAAGUGGCCUUUAUAGGCAGGUAGUCUUCAAGUACAGGUUCCUUAACUACAUGUUUCAAUGAGAAACCAUUUUCAAGGGAAACACAAAAUGUGGUCUUUCUAUACAGGUGGUCACUAAAGCAGCUUUGACUGUAUUUGGUGAGCCUAAUUAGCAUAAAUGCCAUCCCUUCCAUGUCAGUUGUAUCAUCUAUGCAGAGUUGAUGCAUGAAUAAGCAUGACAUUCAUUUAGAAUGCAAUUAGAAGUAGGAUACUAACACAGAUGUUAUGCAUGUAAUGUGGGACUGAACAUUUCAACCAAAUUUUCUCUCCAAGUAGAUAGUAGAACUAGAAACAUGGUGCAUGUAGAUUUAGAAGUCGAUUGUGACUGUGAUGGUUGAUUUUAAACAGUUAAUCUAACCUAACACAAACAGAAUUGCAUGCAAUCCAUAGAUUGUAUCCAUCCUUUAAUAGUACAUGGUCCUUUAGGGGAAAAAAUAUAAUAAUUAAGAAAUAGAAAUAAAAUACAAAGUCUAUGGAUGAGGGCAAUUUCCCCCCCUGACCUCUUUGAAAAAAAAAGGAAACAAAAAAAGGAUUGAUGUUGAUACAAUUAUUUGAAAAGUCAUCCUCAUGACAAAGCUCUGAUUUUUUACCCUGUCAUUCUGUAACCCAUCCACAAUACACAAUUGAAAUUUGACAAAACUGGUUGAAUUUUGUGCAACUCAUUAUUUAAUUUUAAUGAUUUUAUUAUUUUCUAUUUUGUUGGUAUAAUUUUUAUGUUCAUGCUUGAUAACAGUUUUUUUUAAAUUGAUUUAGUUCACAGUGCUUCAAGAAACAGUACAGAUCACUGACUUGCAUGCAUAACAUUUUAAUGUGUGAAAUGAAAGGUCCAAUGUUGAUCAACUAAUUGCCAAAUGCUUUCCAGUACCUGCACUUUUUUAUUGUUAUUAACAGUACCUUCACUACGGGAUGCCAGUUUGUAGGUUUUUGUCUGAUUUUAGGCUCUGCUACUUGUCUAAGCAGAACUUUUCCGACUUUUUAUCGGACUGAAUACUGGUAUAUGCCGAUCCAAUAUUUCUGGGUCACUUUUCAGGCUGGUCAGGUCAAAUCAACUGGUAUCCCUGAAAACUAAUCAUCAUUAACACCAUCAAAUAAAAAGAAAAAAAGAAAGAAAAAAAAAUGGAUAAAAUGUUAAGACAUACAGUACACGCACAUGUCUCUUACUCAUUGCUGCAUUUAUUUGUGCGUCAUUGACUGAAUAAUAUGUAGUAGAAGAAGUAAGGCAUCUACAAAGAAUUGGUAGAUGAGAGGGACUAUCAGUGUCCAUGUAUAGACUACUUUUGCAAGGUAUUUUGUUCCAUCAUUCCUGUAAAGUCAUGCGUACCUUUAUGUACCUCAUUUAGCAACAUACAUUGUAGACUACAACAUAUUAUAUUCACAAGUAAUAUUGUCUGUUGGUAGCUACUGUGUAGAAGGGCAUUAGUUCAUCAUCCUU